GAUGUCCAAUCGCGACCGUUAGCUGGGGCCGGGCGAAUGCGGUGGUACCAAAGAGGAGAAAAAAUCUGACCGACCGUGCCGGGUGAUGUGAAAAGUCACAGUACCACCUCAGAACCAGGGCUUACCAUCGCAGGCUUAGACCAGUCAAGGGGAUACGAGAAUGGCCAUUUGUCAGAGGGUGCUGGGCACGCCUGAUCAGUGAGUAACACUUGGGCCAGUGAAUGCUCGUGGAGCUUCGUCCCAACAGUUGAUUGACAGCUGCAUCUCCAGUUCACCUCCCUCUGCGUGGCACACUUUUCGCCACCCCCCCAGUCUCUGAAGGAAGAACAUCACAGAGGGAUCGGACACCUACCCACCACAAACUUCCCAGACAGACUCCCUCAGCACCUCACCUCAUCUUCACCUCCCCCAAGAGGGAGAGAACAGCAGCCACCAUGGUGCUGUCACAGAGACAAAGAGAUGAACUAAACCGAGCUAUAGCUGACUAUCUCCGUUCCAAUGGAUAUGAGGAGGCCUAUUCCACCUUCAAGAAAGAGGCAGAGAUAGAUAUGAAUGAAGAGGUAGAUAAAAAGUAUGCAGGGCUUUUGGAAAAGAAAUGGACUUCAGUCAUCAGAUUACAGAAGAAGGUGAUGGAGCUGGAGUCAAAGUUGAAUGAGGCGAAGGAGGAGAUGACACAUGGAGGACCUGUGGGUCAGAAGAGAGACCCCAAGGAGUGGAUCCCCCGUCCUCCAGAGCGAUAUGCCCUGAGCGGGCACCGCGCUCCGGUCACACGUGUUAUAUUCCACCCUGUCUUCUCUGUCAUGGUCACAGCCUCCGAGGAUGCUACCAUCAAGGUGUGGGACUAUGAGGCAGGAGACUUUGAGCGAACCCUGAAGGGCCACACAGACUCUGUGCAGGACAUCUCCUUUGACCAGACAGGAAAGCUUCUGGCUUCCUGUUCAGCUGACAUGAGCAUCAAACUUUGGGACUUUCAGGGGUUCGAGUGCAUCCGAACAAUGCAUGGCCACGAUCACAACGUGUCGUCUGUAGCCAUCAUGCCAAAUGGUGACCACAUAGUGUCUGCCUCCAGAGACAAGACCAUCAAGAUGUGGGAGGUGGCCACUGGGUACUGUGUGAAGACAUUUACAGGGCACAGGGAGUGGGUGAGGAUGGUGCGUCCCAACCAGGACGGUUCGUUGAUCGCCAGUUGCUCCAACGACCAGACGGUGCGUGUCUGGGUGGUCGCCUCGAAGGAGUGCAAAGCUGAGUUGCGGGAGCAUGAACAUGUGGUAGAGUGUAUCGCUUGGGCCCCUGACAGUGCUCACCCCACCAUCCUGGAGGCCACAGGCUCAGAGAGCAAGAAGAGUGGAAAAUCUGGCCCCUUCCUUCUCUCUGGAUCCAGAGAUAAAACAAUCAAGAUGUGGGAUGUCAGCAUUGGCAUCUGCCUUAUGACUCUGGUGGGACACGACAACUGGGUGCGUGGGGUAUUGUUUCAUCCUGGAGGAAGAUUCAUAGUGAGCUGUGCUGAUGACAAAACCAUUAGGAUCUGGGACUACAAGAACAAACGCUGCAUGAAGACCCUGUGUGCCCAUGAACACUUUGUUACCUCUCUGGAUUUCCACAAGACUGCUCCCUACGUGGUGACAGGCAGCGUCGAUCAGACAGUCAAAGUCUGGGAGUGCCGCUGAGACUGCCUCCAUCUCUUACCCUGUCCUGUCCUGACUUACCCCCCCCCCCCCCCCCCCCCCCCCCCCCCCCCCCCCCCCCCCCCAAGCCCACUCUACCCCACCCCUCUCCUGCACCUCAGCCCUCUUCCCUCUAUCCUAACACCCAGCCCAGCCCUUCACCUCUCGCACUCCAAACCAUAGUUGACCAUGGCGCUUUACCUUCUCCCCCGUCCACUCCCCUCUCCCUCCCUCCUCCCCUACAUCGGUCCAGCCCUAUUAAGAUGACUAUUGUCCUUUUAUGUAAAUUAUUCUGGAUGUAGGGUACGCUUAAUAAAUGUCACGCAAUCUCUGACACAUAAACACACUCAAAAGAUAAGAAGUAUUCCUUGCAUGGUGAAUCAAACAAAAAAAAAUUGUAUACUGUUAAAUUUGCCGAAUUUGCAUACUGUUGUCAUGACUUCCUGUCAGGUCAAAGGGUGAAUAUCCUUGUGUGCUGGCACAGGUGGAUUCCAGUUAACUGACAGUGCACGAAAACCAAUGGCACCCCUUGUUGAGGGGGUUUAGGUUUUGUUUUGUUUAGUUUUACUCCAUGCCUCCAUUGUUGUGGUCUGUCACUGCGUGGAUGGUGAUAGAGAAGGUGUGAGGGAAGUAAGCAUAAAAGAGAAUGAGUGGAAGCUGUCCAGGAGAAGAUGAAAACAAGUGGAAGAAAAGAUUAAGCAAGAUGCAGCUCCCUAGUUGAAUCACAUGAGGUUCUGUGGGCGAGUGCACGUGUACAUGUGUGUAUACAUUGUGUGAGUGUGUGUGUGUUUGUAUAUUACGACAGGAGAAUCUCUCCACCGUCUCUGCUCUGAUGGUCAGAGGAGAGAGAGGAGGCAAGGCUUCUCACCCACUGUGUUCAUUCAUACUACUUCAUCUCUUUUAACAAACUUGCUUUCUAGUAGACACUCACAGGACCUUAAUGAUCCCUACGCUGCUGAGAGCACAGGCACACGCCCCAUAGCAAAAGUGUGUUGUACAGAGGAAAAAGUCUGCUCACCUUUUAUGAGGUUUGUGUGUGUGUAUGUCGCCCCAGAGAAAUCGCCCAGUGCCCUCUUGCUCGCUAUCUCUGCCUUGUUAACCCAUUGAGGGCUCCCUCACACGGGAUUUUCAUUCUGCUUUCUGUGGUCUCACUGCUCUCUUUACACACACAUACACAUACACUCACAAAUGCACAUACACGCACAGUAAAAGUUGUGUAUCAAUAUAUCUGGAUGUCAUUGUUUGCAACAUAAUGAAAUAAAAUUCUGUAAAUAUAA